UGCCGCCGCCCGCCGGGCCCUGAGCGCCGGGACGCCGGCGGCUGCCGGCCGCGCUCCGCCGCGCCUCCACCGGCCCCGACCCCGACGGAGCCGCCGCCGCACGACCCGCCUGGAAGAUGGAGGUUGUGGAGACCAGCAGCAGCCUCCAGCAGGACAGGCUGCAGGCCAUUGCGGAGAAGCGGAAACGUCAGACAGAGAUCGAGAACAAGAGGCGGCAGCUCGAGGAUGACAGGAGGCAGCUGCAGCAUCUCAAGUCCAAGGCUCUGCGGGAGAGGUGGCUGCUGGAGGGAGCCCCAGCCUCAGCCUCCGAGGAGGACGAGGCCAUGAAGAAGCAGAUGCAGGAGGAUGAGGUGAAGACCAAGGAGCUGGAGGAAACCAUCCAGAGGCUGGAGAAGGAGCUGGAGACGCUGGAGAACGGCAGCUCAGCAGCUUCCACCAAGGAGAACCUGGCAGAGGUGGCAGCAGCAACCAAGGAGGAGAAGGCAGAAGCCAUCCCCAACACACAGAAGAGUCCCCUGGGUGCAGUCAAGGGUGGUCGCCUCUCCUCUCCGUCUGCAGCCGAGAAGAAGGGCUCCAGCAGCCCCAUGAAGGCAGUGGAAGGCACUGACAUGAUGAAGGCAGCCAUGUACUCGGUGGAGAUCACGGUGGAGAAGGACAGAGUGACUGGAGAGACCAAGGUCCUGUCCAGCACUACCAUGCUCCCCCAAAACCACUGUCUGCAGGGGGUCAAAGUGUACGAGGAUGAGCUGAAAGUGGUGCACGCGCUGAGCGCCGAGGACGGGGCGCUGCAGAACGGGGCUCAGCCCCUCAGCUCCUCCGAGGUUGACGAGCUCCUGCACAAGGCCGACGAGGCCACCCUGAGCGAAGCCACCGCGGCCAAGGCCGGCGAGGAGCCCGGCGGGGGCAGCCAGAAACCCACCCCCAGGAGGGAGAUCACGGGGCUGCAGGCCACGGCCCGGGAAAGCCCGGCGGGAGAGGGGACGGAGCCGAGCCAGGAGCAACCCGUCACCAUGAUCUUCAUGGGCUACCAGAACGUAGAGGACGAGGACGAGACCAAGAAAGUGCUGGGGCUGGAAGGAACCAUCAAAGCCGAGCUGGUGGUGAUCGAGGACGCCGAGAGCAAAGCGGAACCGGGCGGCAAAGACCACCCACCGCCCAACGGCACCGCGGCGGAGCCGGCGGCCGCGCACGGCCUGGGCCACGAGGCUCCGGCAGGGGAGAAGCCGAGCGCCAACGCCAUGGAGGCCGCCGAGCAGGACACGGACGUGAAGAAGCAGCGUUGCAAGUGCUGCACGGUGAUGUGAGUCCCCCCCCACGCCGGCUGAGCCCCCCCAUCCCCCCCACCCUGCCCCCCGCAGAGCCCCCUCCAGCCCCCCGCUCGCCAAGGCCCCGGCGCAGCCGCCCCGCCGCACACGGACCCUCCUGCGAGGAUUUGGGGACAUCCAAGAGGAAGCCGCGGCAGUGAGAGGCGGCCACGGCACCGCUCGCCCUCCUCUCCCCCAUCCCCAUCCUCCUCCUCCAGUGCUGCCUGUGAUAUUUAUUAGAGAACCCACCCCACACCCCAACCCCGGCCCCCUCCCGGCCCCACGGAGCGCCCACUCCCACCCGUGAGCCCGCCUCACCCUGCCGCCUCCUCUCACCAGCAACUCCCCAGCGCUGCUGGGGGACGGAGCCGGCGCUGCUGGGGGGUCGGAGGAUGCUGCCGCGUCCGUGGAUGACUCCCGGGGAGCCGGUGACCCUGCGGUGGGCGUGGAGCCGGCGCCGUGCCAGCUGCUCUCCCUGCACCCUCCAUCACCCGCUUGUCCCUGCAGGGAGGGGCUGUGAGCGCUCCAGCCUGUGUCCUUGUCCCCCUGAGCGCCCUCGGGGAUGGAGCGUUGAGGGUGGCAUCCUCUCCGUGGCUUGGGACCUCUCAGGGGGCUGGGGGUUGUCCCCAGAGCUGGGGGUGGGAGAUUCUCCUCUGCUCCCCCAGCUCCUCAGCCUGGUGGCACUGGUGGUGCAGGUGCCACGUUGGCAUCGCUGGGUCCCCACCACCCGGGGCCGUGUCGGGGUGCCCGUGUCCUGCCGGGGGGACAGGGAUGGUGAUGGCAGUGUGGGGAGGGGAGCUGGGGGGGUCCAUCCCUGUGGGGAUGGGGAUGUGACCCCUCUGCAGCACAGCCGCUUUCUGGGGCUCUGGGCUGCAAGGUCAGGUCCCCCAGGCGAGCGGGGCAGCCCAGUUCAGGCCAGGCACUGGGACUGGGAGCUACUGGGGAGGGUCAGGGGGUCCCACAGAGGGCAUCCCCAGGACACUGUGUCCCCCCAGCCCACACCCCAGCCCUUCAGUGGGGAUUUCACCACCAGCACCAGCGUUUCCUCCCCACUGAGACCCACUGGGGCAGGUAAGUGGGGGCCCACGGCAGCACCCAUGGGUGCUGAGCCCUGCCCGAGCCCUGGGUGCUUCUGCCAUGGCAGCUGCCACAUCUUACGGGCAUUGGGCUCCCUCUAAGCCCACACUGUGGGGCUGGGGCUGCAGUCCUGCCCUGCCUGGCAUGGGGGCUGCCACUCUGGGGGGGGGUCCCAUCUCCCACCAGCCCUGUCCCACACGUGCUGGGGCUCAGAGCUCCACGUGCCAGCAAUGGCCACGGGUUGUUUUUGGUGCUGGCUGCCCACAUCAGCUGUCUGUGAGCUGUAGCCAGGCUGGCAGUGCCUGGUGCCCGUGCCCCAAGGGUACAGGAGCCUGUCCCAGGUGCCAGCCUGGCAGCACAGGGGCUCCUUAUUUGAGUACAAGUCCCUGGUGCCAAGAGCAGCCAGGUGAGACCCCAGGGAGCCCCCCAAGCCCCCAGUGAAGCAUGUGGGGAGCAGCCAGGGCUGGGGCUUCCACCCCCAAGGCCUUCCCUUCCUCAGUGUGAGCAGUGACUCCCCCAUGACAUCCCAGUUGCCCCCCAGUUACCACCCAGGCUGCAGCUUUUCCCCCCAACAGAGCCAAUGGAUAAGGGGGGCUGAGGGCUGGAGGCUGGGGGUCCUCCCGUGGGGAGCCCAACCCCGAGCCCCAGAUGGGCACUGGAAGGAGAGGCAGAGCUGGGGAAGGGAGGGGGGUCAGGGCUGGCACCCCCGGGUGCAAAGGGGAGCCCCUCCUGCCUCUCCCACAGACGGGCAUCGCCCCAUGGCUGCGGUGCCACAGGGCAGGGGGCUGGGGCUGAAUGCCACGGGGCAUCUGCCCCAUCGAUCCGGGGGGGGAGCUGGGUACCCAGCAGGGACCCACAGCACCUCCUGUCACCCCCUCGCUGGGGACCAGCACCACUCACCCCAUCCCAUCCCCCCCCCGGGUCCUGUCAUCCCCCCAUCCCACCCCCAGCACCCCUGGUUGGCUUUGAGCCCAGUGCCACGUCCCCGGUCCCAUCCAGCCCCCGUGGCCGUAGGGAGCAGGAUGAGGCCCCCGGGGCCGGGGCUGGUGGGGGCCGAGCAGCAGCAGGCGAGCAGAGGAGCGCUGCUCCGAGCCCCAGCCCCGCGGCGCCCUCCCGCCCCCUCCCCGCCUCCGCUGAAGUGCACUUCCCGCUCUCCCUCUGCUUUCCCCUUGUGCCCGAGCCGGUGGAAGUUUUUCCCUCCUCCCCUCCCCGCCCCUGGCCCCUCCCCGUUGUUUGUAAAACACCCGAACUGAGCAAAUAAACUGUGUGAACAACCA